AUUCGUCAAAUCUCCGUUCAGCUUGAUCUGCAAUUUUCAGUAGUGCAGUAGAAAUGUCUCGACGGCGAUAGUAUAAUGUAACCCGUGCCUCGACUUGUCCUGUUGCAGUCUUAUUUAAGUCUUCGAUUCGGCGAAUCUGAUAUGGAGUGUUUUCGGGCGUCUCGAAAUAAACAUAAUCGCCCACUUUGUACAUAUUACAAGCACUACAGUGGCACGGAUCGAUAA